AUGACAUCAGCUCGCAACCGGCUUCACAACAACACGCCGGAGGAGACCCUGCCGCACACCGCAGGGGGAACCCGCUCCAGCUGCAGAGGAGGCAUGCUGCAAACCAGAGACAGCCUGGCCCUGGUGAAGCUCGGAGGGACUCGUCUCUGUCCCCAGAGCCUCUGGGACUUUGCCACCCAAAUCCCUGCCAGGGGCACAGGGGAUGCUCCUGUGUGUAUAGAGGCGGUGGAGGUGCGGGAGCUGCGGAUGGACCUGGCCGCCUUGCCGCCCCCCUUGGCCGGGCUGAGCCUGGAGGAGCUGGAGGAGACCUACGAGAUGCUGCUCAGCCAGAGCUGCCGGGAGACCCUGCUGCGCUACCAGGAGCAGAUCCAGGUGCUGCAGGAGCAGGAGGCGCAGCGGAGCCGGGAGAACCUGGAGCUGCUGCGGGAGGAGAGCCGGCAGUGCCGCCAGCACCUGGAGGACCUCCACCGCCAAGGCCAGGAGCUGUGCGGGCUCCGGGAGCGGCUGGAGCAGGAGCUGCUCGCCUUGCAGGACCGCCACGGCGCCGAGGUGGAGGAGUACCAGAGGAUAAUCGACGCCCUAGAAGAAGAAAAGCAGUUCCUGACCAUGUCAAUCACAGAUUACCUGAAGGACUACCAAGAACUACUGCAGGUGAAAGCAGGCCUCAUCCUUGAAAUUGAAACCUACAGAGCUUUGUUAGAAGGGGAGAGCAACCAGUGGAUUAUUACAUGGAGAGAUCAGCAUAGAGGGAAAUUGCCUCAAGAUAUUAUAAACACUUCAUAUAACUACACUGAUAUUUACUCUACUUAUCAAGAAAGAAAUAGAAGUAAAGCUUCACCAGCUAUCAGGAUCACUGAUACAAGGCAUAGAAUGCCCGUGACAAAUACUAGCAGUUCUGCACGUUAUUCAGCUCAAUCAACACAUGCUGGAUCAGAGACAACAGCCAGUGGAAGAACUUUUGGAAGAGAUGUACUUGGUUCAAUGUAUCGCCCUUCAACAACUGUUACAAAGGAUGAAAGGAUUGUAACAGACCACAAAGAAUUAAGAACGUUUACUCCAGCCUACAGUAGCUGGAAAAACACUGAAAUACAGCAAAAGACAGUUCCAGAAAGGAAGAAAACAGAAGUUACAACUUCAUCCACAGUAUCUUUUUCAAAAGAAUCAGCACAAAGAUCAGACAAGGACCACAAGCCUGACACAAAGCCAGGGAUUCCUGAAAAUAUAAGAACAAAACCAAGCUUCACUAGAUUUCCGACUUAUGAGCUGAAUACCAAUUUUAAACCAUCUAAAUAUGAAGAAACCAUAACUGAAACUCAGACCACACUAAAAGAAAAAAGAGGAGGCAGCAAACCAACUGAAGAGCAAAAAUCUCUGCUGAAAGAAAAAGAUAAGCUAGAGAAACAAACAAAGGAGGAGAAAAAGAAAACAGAUGAGAAACCGUUUAUAGAUGAAAGAAGUGUUGAUUUUGGAAGGAAGACUGAGCAGAAAAAAUAUAUCCGCGAGGAAGUCAUUAACCAGAAGUUAACAGGGAGUGAUAUUUCUAAUGCAAGAACUUUGAAAAGUGAAUCAACCAAAAAAGAUACAAAUGUGACCUUGGAAUCAAGAAGCAAAGAAGUCAUUGAGAUACCUAUCAGUCUUGAAAUGCCUGCUCCUGACAAAGAAUCUCAGAGUAAUAAAGAAAUAAGGUUACAAGGUUUUAAAACUUCCAUAGGAAGAGCAGCAGAUGACCAUGUAACUAAGCCUGCUGAAAUUCAUAAAGUGAGUACUUCAGAAGCAGAAUCCAGUCUGAAAGAUGAAGAGCGAAGUGGUGACAGAAGUCAUAAAAUGGGGGCUCUGUCAACUGAAAAUAUAGCAGAGAAUAUUGUUGCUGACAUUCUUAAAAGUUUUACACAGUCUUCUAGUUCACAAAUGUCAACAGACACGAAAGUGACCUAUUUUAAUAAGAAAGAACAACCAGAUGAUGGGAAAAUAAAGACUGAGAUCACAGUGCAAUCUCAAGUUAAAGAAAACAUAGAUAUUUCUGAUGAAGCUGAUGUAGGAGGUCUAUCAAACCAGGAUGUUAGAAAAGUGGUUCAAGAGGGUGUUGAGGAAACUCCUUCCAAAGAGGAGAUAGAAGACAUAGUAUAUCAUGGCCUGAAAGGAAAUGAGGGCAGAAAGAACAUGUCUGUUAAUGUUGAGAUUGUAGAGGAGCCGCUAGAUUACGCCACUGAUGGAAGGACUGACUUUUCAACACCUUUUGAAGUAGAGGAAGUGGAAGAUACAUUCCCUGAGAGAGAGAGGUGUUACGGUGAGGAGGAGGAACAAACCGUAACGUUCACGUAUGAAGAUGUUAAAAAGAAGAAACAACGCCACGAGAGUUUCACUCAUGUGGAAGAAGUAACUGAGGAAGAUGACUCACCUAUUGAACAAAAAUAUUUUGUAUCUGUUCCUGAUGAUCAUCCUAUUAUUAGUGAAAAAGACGAUGACUCAGUAUAUGGGCAAAUUCAUAUAGAAGAAGAAUCAACUAUAAAAUAUUCUUGGCAAGAUGAAUUUUUGCAAGGCACACAAAGAAAGAGAGAUGAAGGUGUAAGCUCUCCAGAAGACACAUAUCAAGUGGUAGGGGAGGAAGCAAGUGCCCAUAUUUUAAAGGAGCAUCCCAAAGCUGAAACAUCCCAUGUUGAAUCCAUUGUUAUUGAAAAAGAAAUUAAAAUUCCGCCUGAAUUUCAGACUUCAAUAAAAGGGCUUUUAUCAAAGGAAACGAAGGACCCUAAACAUCAAUUGAAGGAAGCUUUGGAGCAGUUGGAGGGCAGUUUCCCAGAAAGCGUGAAAGAAGAGCUGUCUGCAUUAACAAAAGAAAAUCAAGCUGACUCUAGUAGCUUAGAAUUUGAUAUCAAAAGAGUUGAUAAAACGGAGGAGGGUGGCUUGGUGAAAAUUGUUGCUGAAGUCAAUCUGUCACAGACCCUUAAUACUGAUGAAUUCGAUGUAGCUCAGCUGGGUGAAGUAAUUGCAAGUGAGAAGGGGAAAGCAACAUUGCACUCCCUGAAAAAAGAGAGCUUGGAGAGAGUUGUUGAUGGUAGAAGCAAUAUAGAAGUAGAUGUUUCUUCCUGCAGUGAUAAAUAUACUCCUUUUGCUGAUCAAGAAAUCUAUAACUCAUCCACAACGAGGAGGAGUGGUGGUGCAGGGUAUCAUACCACUGAAAAAGUUAUUUAUGACAGUUCGGUUUUGGAAACUGCAGAUUUUGGAGAAGUCUCUCAGUCACCACAAUCAACUCAUGAGACCAAAUCCAUGAGGCAUAUUAAGGUUGGUCCAGCAGAAGUUCAGAGAUUUGAGCAGAUCGUAUAUGAAGGGCCUGGUUCUGAAACACUGGAGCUCAGUGCUACAGAAGAUCUUGUUCAGACAGAAGGAUCGUCAGAAUUUAGCCGAUCUGUGAAGCAUUUUAAACUGGGUCCUAAAGAAAUCCAAACCACAGAAGAAGUAAUUUAUACAGGCCCUAUUACUACAACUGUAGAAGAGAUUGAUUCUGGAAAUCUUUCCCACAAGUUUUCAACAGACUUCAACAGGUCCACACGGCAUGUGACAGUAGGAUCAAGGCAAGUAACUGAAGAAGUCUCUUUUGAAGGGCCUGUUUCAGACUCUCUGGAGCUCAAUAGCUCUGGUAGCCUUUCUCAGACAGAAGGGUCUGUGGAUGUCAGCAGAUCAAUAAGGCACUUUAGAUUAGGUCCAAAAGAGAUUCAUACUGAGCAAGUUAUCUUCGAAGGACCAAUCUCCGGUAAAGUGGAGGUCAGUGACACUGGAGACUUCUCACAGACAGAAAGUUCAGUCAGACACAUUCAUUUGGGUCCCCAAGAGUUUAUGACAGCUGAAAAAAUCAUCUACCAGGGGCCCGUCUCUGCGCACACAGAAAUCAGUGAACUGGAGGACCAGACUCUUUCAGAAGGCUCAAUAAAGCAUGUUAGACUGGGUCAAGUGGGAGUUAAAACCACCGAACAAAUCAUAUAUCAGGGCUCGCUUUCUGAAACUUCAGAGCUCAUUAACAAAGAAGGACAUCUUUUAGAGAAUGAAGGAAGCUCAGAUAUCAAUAGAUCUUUCAGGCACAUUAAAAUAAGUCCUGUAGAAACUCAUGCUGAGCAAAUAAUCUUUACAAGACCUAUUUCUGAAACACUGGAAGAUCUUUCACAAACAGAAGAGUCAUCUGAGAGCAGUAGGUCUGUAAAGCAUAUUAAAGUAGGACCCAAGGAAACAUCUUUUACUUUUCAGAUGGAUGUUUCCAAUACGGGUGGAAUAUCUACAGCAAAAAGUGGAGAACAGCAAGCAACAGUGCUCGUAUCCAACAAGCAAGACCCUUCUGUUAGUCAGUCACGGACCGUAGUUGAAAGUGACCAGAUUGUAGAAAACGAAAAUAAAAGAAGAGGCUAUGUUGUCUCCAGUUUUUCUCAAGAUCAUGCUGAAAAGGUAGUGGAAAAGUCACUUUUUGAUAAAACUGUACAGUUGCAAAGAAUGGUAGACCAAAGGUCAGUGAUUUCUGAUGAAAAGAAAGUCGCUCUUCUCUAUCUGGACCAUGAGGAGGAGGAAGAUGAUGAUAAUGAUGGACAGUGGUUCUGA